CAUUCAUUAGGGUUUAACUGUCUGAAGAGACGCAACAGUUCUGCGGGAAGAGAAGCAGAGGAGGGACUGGGAGGAGGAUCAGUCAAUCUGUGGACAUGGGAAAGAAGAGAGCGCGUCACCAGAAUCCCGAGCCCUUCCUCCCCGAAGACAAUGGAACUGUGGCCUCGUCGAAGAGCCGGUCCAAGGCCUCCAAGAAGCACCAGAAGGAGGAGAAGCUGAUAUCCUCUGGCAUGAGUUCCAAGAUAUUGAAGGAGGCUCUUAUUCAGCAGAGGGAGAUUCGGGAGGAGGCCGAGGAAGAGCAAAACCGUGACAAUCCCCUUAGAUUUGUCGAGGAGCAGCCCAGGGUCGAGGAGGAGGAAGACGACGUCGAUGACUUUACUGGAUUCUCCGAGACUCAGAGCCAGUUCGGGAAUUACGAUGAGGAAGUAGAUGAGGAGGACGAGAAAUUGCUGGAGGCAUUCUUUUCUAAGGAUGCUGGUCCUCAGCGCACACUCGCCGACCUUAUCGUUGAGAAAAUCAAGGAAAAAGAUGCCACUGUCACUUCAGAAGCUCGACCAUUGCCUAAGCUCGACAAGUCCAUCAUUGAUUUGUAUAAGGGAGUUGGGGAGUAUCUGAGUAAAUACACUGCGGGAAAGAUACCGAAAGCUUUUAAGCAUAUUCCAGCAACACAGAUGUGGGAGGAGGUUCUUUACCUGACCGAACCGGAGAAGUGGUCACCUAAUGCAAUGUUCCAGGCCACGAGAAUUUUCUCAUCGAAUUUGGGAUCGAAGAAAGCUGAGAGGUUUUACAGACUCGUCUUGCUUCCCCGGGUGAGGGAAGAUAUCAGGAAGAACAAGAGGCUGCAUUUCGCCCUUUACCAAUCUCUUAAGAAGUCUCUCUACAAACCCGCAGCCUUCAAUAAGGGUAUCUUGUUUCCGCUGUGUGAGUCUGGUACAUGCAGUCUGAGGGAGGCCGUGAUCUUUGGUAGCAUAAUUCAGCAGGUGUCCAUUCCAAUGCUUCAUUCGAGUGUUGCUUUGCUGAGACUUGCAGAAAUGGAUUACUGUGGCACCACGAGUUAUUUUAUAAAGCUCUUGCUUGACAAGAAAUACGGUUUGCCAUAUCGUGUUGUUGAUACACUGGUUGCCCAUUUUAUGAGAUUCUUGGAUGACCCUCGGAUUAUGCCUGUAAUAUGGCACCAGUCACUUCUUGCCUUUGUUCAAAGGUACAAGAAUGAGCUGAGGAAGGAAGACAAGGACAAUCUGAAAACCCUACUGGAAAAGCAGAAGCAUUAUCUAGUCACCCCUGUAAUUAGCCGGGAAUUGAACAAUAGCCUAAACCGCGGAGAGAAGCAGGAUGAUCUUAUGCUAAUAUCGACCCCAAUGUCUAUUAUCAACAAAACAAUAGAGGAAAACAGAUUUGAUAUUCCUGAGGUUCCGAUGGAGGAAGACUAAUGCUCGGGUUGAGUCGCUGAUAAGGGAGUGCUGGUUGAGUUGCGGUCGGUGUUUUAAUUCUUAUUGAGCUCUUGGGAGCGGUGCCGUUGCUGGGCCAAAGUUGCUGUGAACCUACAAGAUGAAUGUCUGCACAAUGUAUUAGAAGAUAAGAGAGGGUUUAUUGUAUUUUGGGCAGACAUUUAUACAGCAUAUAUAUAUAAUUUAUUCAUUAUUAUUUCCCAUUA